CUUGAGGUUUUUAUUUAUUGUUGUCCUAGCCGGUUAUCACAACUAGAAUGUGAUACUAAGGCGUGGGAUGACCAUGUGCUGCUUUCAAAGACUCCCAUAAAAGGCCAGAAUUUCUAACAAUCAAAUGAAUCAUCCUUAAACAUUUCAUGCACUAAAGCAAAAUAAAUUGUGUCCGGCUGCUAAUAUUGUGCAUAAGACAAGCACCAGAAAAUACUGCUGUCAGAACCAUAUUUAACGUUUUAUCAUGUCACUUUGUUUAUGUGCAGUUGGUAAUUACGAUGUUUCCGAUGUUGGCACACGCGACGCCGAACGAGAGCCACGUAGCUAGCUUGUGUUUUAGCCCUUGAUGGAUCAUAGAUAAACACCUGAUCGUCGUCUAGUCUGUUCGACACCGCUUCGAUGUUUUAAUCUGCUGCUACAAAAUACUGUAACCACAAACCUGCCGUUUUCUGGUCUCUUCUUUGGAAUGAAAGUUGUACACACAUUUACACUAAAGGACCAAUAAUAAACAGGUGCUUGGUUUACCUGCUCAUCUGACUGAAGUACUUCUGCUCUGUCCACUCUGUACACGUGUUCUGUGUAAACUGUGUCAGUCACACACCCACACUAGAAGAAUUUAAAACACACAGCCUGGUUCAGCGCCCACACACAAUCACAGCAAACAUGGCCAACAAGCUGUCCAGCUUUGGCAAAAUGCUGCUACGCCGUCGGGCAUUAGACUGUUCUAGUGAAGAGACCCGAUUUGCCCGCUGCCUAUCCGUCCUGGACCUAAUUGCCUUGGGAGUUGGUUCUACACUUGGCGCUGGUGUUUAUGUCCUUGCUGGCGAGGUCGCUCGAGAGAAGGCAGGACCCGCUAUUGUCCUCUGCUUCCUCAUCGCUGCCCUGUCUUCCAUGUUGGCGGGCCUGUGCUAUGCUGAAUUUGGUGCCCGCGUGCCCAGGACAGGCUCUGCGUACCUUUACAGCUAUGUGACAGUUGGAGAACUCUGGGCCUUCAUCACAGGCUGGAACCUCAUCCUGUCCUAUGUGAUAGGUACAGCCAGUGUGGCCAGGGCGUGGAGCUCAACUUUUGACAACCUGGUUGAGCAAAAGAUCUCUGGCUUCUUUAAAGCCUUCAUGGAAAUGAAAGUGCCAGGUGGUGUGCUGGCAGAAUACCCUGACCUGUUUGCGCUCAUCCUGGUCCUCCUGCUCACGGGACUUCUGGCCUUUGGUGUGAGUGAGUCAGCACUGGUGAAUAAGAUCUUCACAGGCAUAAACCUGGUGGUUCUGGGCUUUGUUAUCAUCUCUGGCUUUGUAAAGGGGAACAAACACAACUGGAACCUGACAGUGGAAGACUACAUCAGCUACAAAAACAGCACCAACGACAGUGCGCUAAAGCAAGCUGAGGAGUUUGGUGUGGGUGGUUUUGCUCCGUUUGGCCUCGCUGGAGUCCUGUCUGGUGCCGCCACCUGCUUCUAUGCCUUUGUGGGCUUUGACUGCAUUGCCACAACAAGUGAAGAAGCAAAGAACCCCAUGCGUUCUAUACCUAUUGGCAUUGUGGCCUCACUGCUGAUCUGCUUUGUUGCUUACUUCGGUGUGUCUGCUGCUCUCACCCUGAUGAUGCCGUACUAUGAGCUGAACACCGAGAGCCCUCUGCCUCAGGCCUUCAGCUACGUCGGCUGGGAUCCUGCCAGAUACAUUGUCGCUGUGGGCUCUCUCUGCGCUCUGUCCACCAGUCUCCUAGGCUCUAUGUUUCCCAUGCCUCGAAUUAUCUACGCCAUGGCAGAAGACGGGCUGCUGUUCCGUUUCCUGUCCAGGAUGAAUGCUCGUACAAAGACUCCUCUGCUGGCUACUGUUGUUUCUGGCAUUGUUGCAGCUCUGAUGGCCCUCCUGUUCGACUUGGCAGCGCUGGUUGAUCUUAUGUCUAUUGGAACUCUGUUGGCAUAUUCUUUAGUGGCCAUCUGUGUCCUCAUUCUCAGGUAUCAGCCAGGCACCUUGAGUUUGUCCAGCCAGCCAGAGGAGCAGGCAGAGCUGAUGGAAAGGAAGGUCUCUGUAAAUGGGGGGGAGAGCAGUGACGAGUACAGUAUGGCGACAAGGAAGACUUUCACUGCCAAGCUGCUCUUCUGUCCAAGUCAAGACAGCCCAACACAGAUUUCUGGGAACAUCGUCUACGCUACCACUGCCAUUAUUUCGGUUUUCAUGACGGUACUGUGCAUAAUCCUGGCCAACUGUCUGACAGAGCUGCUGGCUGGAUGUGCAGUCAUUGUGGUAGCCUGUGUAAUUUUGACUCUGCUUUGUGGCAUCUGUUUCAUCAUCAUCUGGAGGCAGCCUCAGAGCAAAGAGGCCCUCACCUUCAAGGUCCCUUUACUGCCCUGGCUGCCCCUGUUCAGUGUUUUUGUCAACAUCUACCUCAUGAUGCAACUGGACUGGAGUACAUGGUGCCGCUUCACCGUCUGGAUGUUUGUUGGUUUUGCCAUCUACUUCAUCUAUGGUAUUAGGAACAGCAGUGAAACUGCCAAAAGGUCAUCCCCAGGCAAAUACAAGUCUGCACCAGAGAGCAAGUGCCCAAUUUACACUGCUGCUAAUGGCAGUGACGUAGAAGCAAGCAGCCCCUGAUAAAAGACUGAUGUGGACCUGGGCGGUGUUGCAGAGCAGCUACACUUGUUUUGGCAGUCUGGGUAAAGUGAGAGACAAACACUGCAGUGUAGGGGGCCUGGAACACAGUCCUGCGUUUAAGAGGAGGUGUGAGAAAAUGCCACACAAAUCUUACCCCUGACUUGGAGGCUGACUAACUUGAUGGCUAGACACUGUGACAGAGACACUCUGUUUUCAUCUGCGUGUCUGCACGCGCCCUCUGGAUAUCUUUACCUGCCUGUAACAUAUGCUUUGAAUGACUAACAGAGUACCACGGUACUCCUCAGUUCUGUUUUUCAUUAUUUGAAGCCGUUAACUUGAAAAAUGUCACUUCUUUGCUUCCUUUCCAUUAGUAGUGCACUGUGGCCUGUGGAGCCAUAAUCGAUGAAAAAUUGUAUGUAUGUGACAAAAAUUUAUGAAUUGCGCUGGUGAGUUAAUAACCCAAAGACCUUGUGUCAGUGACUUAAACCAUUUUAAAAAGUAGAAACCACCACAAAGGCUCACAGAUGGAAUUGAAUUGUUAUGAAUCACUUUCAAUAGAGUUGACAUGUCUUAUUUAUUGGAAUAACAAUGGAGCAGCACCGAAGCUGCGUGGGUUACAGUGCCAGUCAGGGCCCUGGUGCAGUUAGGUCACCAGCAAGUGGUCAAGGGUGACGUUGUUUACCCUGUGCGGUUCAGUGUUUGAGGUUAAAGUUCAUGAUUUACAGAAUGGAUUUGUUUUGAACACACUAUGGCCCUUGUCCCCCCUGCUCCCAGAGAACAGCUAUACAGAAGGUGUACACGGCACCAUUUAAAUGGUGUGCGAUGAAUUGUUUAUCAUUAAUUAUCCAUGUUAUGUUUUUAUCUUGCAUAUAGACUGUUGUGACCUCUAUUUCAACAAAAACCAGGUAGCUAAAAUGAUUUUGAUGCUUUUAUUGAAUGUAAGGGCCACAUACUCCUCUCUUUUAUACCUUCUGGGAUUAACUGAAGUGUCAACCCCAUUAUUACUUAUUCCCAAACAACAUGGGAAGAUCUGUAUAAAUUUUAAAUUAUUCAUGUAUCUCUGCCAAUUUCGUUUAUGUACCUGCACCUGUCCAGGCUGAAAUGCUUGGAGCCGCACCCAGACAUUUCUACAGGUCUCGGGAGGUUUGUAGAUUUACACGUAGAAACUUCGUUAAUUAUCUGAUGGGUCAGGGAAUAAGAUGUUUUAAAACUGUGGUUUGUGCACAGUGAAUUGUUUGUAACUGUCCACCUCUGUAUCUGGGAGCUGGGGGUCUGUUUCUGAAAGGGGCCCAUCUUUCAUCACUACUAGUUUAGUUUCAGUUGAACCUUGUUCUUGGCAGCUUUGUCUUCUGAGAUCCCAUCAGUUUUAUUGUUUUGUACUUUGGUUUACCUUUUAUGAUGGGACUGUUUAAUAUUUAAAUAUUUAGCGCAAAAAUAAUCUAUUCAUGGCUUUUAGAUGUUAAUGUAUUUUAAUCAUGUGUACAGUUUAGAGUGCAGAUCCUUCUUUUUGUUUCUACAUUGUUUUUUUUGUUGUUGUUUUUUUUUUGUGUGGGGAGGAGAGAAAAUGUCUUGUUUCAGCAAAUGAUUAAAUUGUGGUGCAGUGGUUAGUAUUGUCACCUCACAACAAGGUAUCAAUUUGAGCCCCGGCUGACCCAGUGCCUUUCUGUACUGAGUUUGUUCUUUCCGGCUUCCUCCCACAGUCCAAAGACAUGCAGCUUGGAUUGAUUGGCCACUCUAAAUUGCCCUUAGGAGUGUGUGCGGUUGUCUCGCUUAAUGUCAGCCCUGUGAUAGGCUGGCAGUCUGUCCAGGAUAUACCCCAUCUCUUACCUGAUGUCAGCUGGGAUUGGCUCCCACCCCACCCCCUACAACCCUUGUCAGGAUAAGCAGUCAGAUGAAUUUUCUGAAAGACCACUCAAAGUUGGUCUCUAAUUUGUGUAGUUUCAAAUGCUUUUACCCCAGCUGUCUGGAGUUGUAACUGUACUGUUAAUAGCUUUUUUUUCUAGUAAAGUAUUUUACUGUAGAGUGCACAGUAAUAAUUAAACUAUUUGUGUAAUGCUGUAAA